UUUAUAUUAUUUUCGUAUCAUAUAAACAUACGUAUGAUUAUGUUUAAAUAAAGUAUGAUUUGAGAUAUACACAUAACAAGAAAUUUAUUUGUAAACCAACUGGUUUAUAACUAUAAAGGGUUAUGUUUAUGCCAAUGUAGCCAUGUGUGGAAUAUUCUGUAACAUUUCACAAAACCAUGCAAAUUGUAUAGAGAUUUCACAUGAGUGGGAAGCUUGCAAGAAUUUAAUAAUUGCCCGUGGUCCUGAUGGUUUAAUUGAGAAAUUUGAAAAUUUGACUCCAAUUUGGUCUGGUCACUUUGUUGCUUCUGUAUUAUGGAUGCAGGGUUCAGAUUUUUGUGAACAACCAGCUAUAGAUUCAAGUGGUAAUAUUCUUCUUUGGAAUGGAGAUAUAUUUUCUGGAAAUUUGGCUCAAGAUAAUAUAUGUGAUACUAUUGUGCUGUUAAAUGCUCUACAGUCAUGUUCAAGUGUACUAUCAGUGUUCCAAGAAAUCCAAGGUCCAUAUAGUUUUAUAUAUUUUCAAAAGUCUACAAAUCUUCUGUAUUUUGGCAGAGAUGUUAUCGGCAGACACAGUUUGCUUUUAAAAGUGGAUACUGAUGAAAAUAUUUUAACAUUGACAUCUGUUGCCAGUAAAGAAGUAAAUAGAAUUAUGGAAAUUCCUGCAAUUGGAAUUUUUGUUAUGAAUUUAAACAAUUCUAGAGUGAAUUUUACAUGCUACCCAUGGAAGGAGCCAGAUUUGCGAUUUACUGAUAUUAUUGAAGCACUAGAAACACGUUUGGGUGUAGAUAUUGAUAUUGAAAAAGCUAUAUUAAAAUCAGAUGUAUCAACGUGUCUACAUUUGCAUCCUAAUAUUAAAGACUUGGAAUAUUUGGAAAACAGUCCUUGUUUGGAAAAUUCUUGUAAAAUACUAGAAUAUUUGAUAGAAGAUAAAGAUAUCCUUGAAAGAGUCAAUCGAUUAUUGAAACUUCUUUAUAAGGCUGUGGAAGUUAGAAUAAAGAAACAACCCAAAUUCUGUAGAACAUGUAUUAAAUUAGUUUUAGAGAAACAAGAUGUUAUAUGCAAUCAUUCAAAAAUAGGUAUAUUAUUUUCUGGAGGAUUGGAUUCAGCUAUUUUAACACUAAUUGCUGAUAAAUAUGUAUCACAACAUGAACCUAUUGACUUGAUCAAUGUUGCAUUUGAAAAGUCUAUUAAUACAUCUAAGAAAUCAAGUGCAAAUAAUGAAAAACAAAGUAUGGAGGACCAAUAUGAUGUUCCUGACAGAAAAACUGGAAAACAAACGUUUGUAGAGCUUACGAAGAUUUGCCCAAAACGGAAAUGGAAUUUUGUAGAAGUAAAUAUCAGUCAAACAGAAUUACAGAAAUAUCGUUCAUCGCGAAUUUGUAAUUUACUAUAUCCACUAUGCACUAUCUUAGAUGAAAGCUUAGGUUGUGCUGUGUGGUUUGCAAGUCGAGCAAAGGGCACAAUUCAUUUGAAUACAAAUGUAUAUGAAUCCCCAUGUAGAGUACUUCUCUUAGGCAUGGGUGCAGAUGAAUUGUUUGGUGGAUAUAUGAGACAUAGAACGAUAUUAAGACAUAAGGGUUGGGACGCUUUAACACAAGAACUAAACAUUGAACUAGCUGGAAUCUCUGAAAGAAAUUUAGGCCGUGAUGAUCGUAUCGUAUCAGAUCAUGGAAGACAAUCUAGACUGCCAUACUUAGAUGAAAACAUAGUAGAAUAUGUUCAAAAACUGAAACCAUGGGAAAGGUGUUAUCCAACAGAUAAAAUGCCAUCUGGAUUAGGAGAUAAAUUACUUUUACGUUUAGUGGCAUAUAAACUUGGUUUCCGAAAUACAGCCAAUUUCCCUAAAAGAGCUUUUCAAUUUGGAUCUCGAAUUGCUAAUGGCAAAGAAAAUGCCAAAGAUAUAUCAGAUCGCUUAUGAAAUUUUUUCUGAUGUAUUAUUUCAUAUUCACAGAGUUUAUAUUCUAAAAUCAUUAAAAUAAUGAUGCUUAUAUAUAAUUACAUUUAACAAAUUAUACAUAACAAGAUUAAAUGUAAUUGUAAUGGGCAUUGAAAGAUUCAUAAUAUACAAUGCAAAAUUAGUGCCUGAAGUGAAAAAACUGCAGAAAAACUUAAUGUCUUUUUCCUCUAUGUGUAAAUAAUAGUUCAGCGAAUUUCUUAAAAAUAGAAGUGUGUAAGUUCAGAAAAGAGAAUAUAAAACUAGUUUUUCUUUUUUUCACUGAAUCAGUCAAUAUUUUUCUUAGCUCAUAAUCUACCUCAAAAUAUGCAUACUUUGAACAAGACUGUGAUAUUUUGUAUGUGUUGCAGCUCUUGUAUUUUUUGUGCUUCAAAUUAGUAUACACGUGUCUUAUAAAGACAUUCUUUUUAAUAAAUCUUAUAUACCAAUUUUUUUACAGGACAUAAAAAUAAAAUGUUUUAAUAUCAAA